AUGCUUGCCAAAACCAUCUUCGUCAUGGCUUUCGCCACGCUUGCCAUGGCUGCCCCUCAGGCCAGCGGCGACCGCAGCGCUCAGAUGAAGCGCGUUGAAGAACUUCGCGGCAAGGGUCUUACUUGCAACGAGGGUGUCCAGGGCUCUAUCAUCUGCUCUGAUGGACUUGGCGGUGACUGCCUACCGUCUGGAUGUGGAGCUGGCUUCACGAAACCAGAGCUACUCAAGCGCUGCGGCGCCUGCGGUGUCGUCCAAUGCGUUCCCAUCAAGGAACAGAGGGAGAAACUCGCAGAAGAGGAGGCCAAACUGCGUGCCAAUCCCGGCGAGGACACAAACGGUGUCGACCCUUUCACCACCCAUGUUGGCCAGUUCUGGUUCUACAAGAGCACUCGCCCGUAUAUGUCUGCUCGCUUUGACAUGAUGUCUGCUAUUCUCAAUGUCCGUACUGGAGAAGCGGUUGAGGCAGCUCUUGGGCAUGCCCUUGAGAUGCUUCGCCUUUGUCGUGGGGAUAAUCAGGGUGUUCGGUCUUAUGUACCUGCACUUUAUCUUCGCCUUGGAAGGAAUCAAGAAGCAUACGACUUUAUCAAAUGGCACGCUACAGUCCCUGACGAAAAGUACGAAUGGUUUAACCCUGAACUGCCAUAUCUCGAUCUGCACGACCAGGAUGCAUUUGAACCUGUUUUCGAAAAGACCUACUACUAUAACGUGGCUUUCACGGUAGGCCUCACAUUGACCAAGAUCCGCCUGAUGAAAGACCUGGAAUCCCUCCAAGACUUUCUGCAGGAGAACCCCGGCGCGUCAGAAGACGCCAGGCGCGCCCACGUCGAGGAAGAAGCCAUGAGUGAUAUCCUUCUCAAGCGCACGCAGAAUGUCGCCCACAAUGAUCACAAAGAGCUCAUUGCUCAACUCAAGAAUCAGAUCAAGCAGCUGUACGAGAAGGUCAAGAAGGAUAACCCGCAUUUCUGGCCCGGUGUCCAGAACCCCAUGUUGUACGCUUACGAUGUACCGACUAUGUAUACUCCUGGUUCGCGAGAGGAGGCGGUGCUUAUCUUCCGCCAGUCGUGGUACUCGUGGGCAGAGACGGAGCCUGCCAUAACAUACAUUCGGGGCCUUAUAUUGCAGGAUAAGUAG